GCAUUUCUUCAAUCCUUCUUGCCAAAAUCAUCCAGAUCUUUCCUUUCCCUUUCGAGACAUUUAGAGAGAGAGAAAGAAAUUCAGAAUGGGUUCCAUUGGUGCUGAAUUAACAAAGCCACAUGCAGUUUGCAUACCAUAUCCUGCCCAAGGCCAUAUCAACCCUAUGUUAAAGCUAGCCAAAAUCCUUCAUCACAAAGGCUUUCACAUAACUUUUGUCAACACUGAAUUUAACCAUAAACGUCUCCUUAAAUCUCGCGGCCCUGAUUCUCUCAAGGGUCUUUCUUCUUUCCGUUUUGAGACCAUUCCUGAUGGACUUCCGCCAUGUGAUGCAGAUGCCACACAAGAUAUACCUUCUUUGUGUGAAUCUACAGCCAAUACUUGCUUGGGUCCCUUUAGGGAUCUUCUUGCCAAGCUCAAUGAUACUAACACAUCUAACGUGCCACCCGUCUCGUGCAUCGUCUCGGAUGGUGUCAUGAGCUUCACCCUAGCUGCUGCACAAGAAUUGGGAGUCCCUGAAGUUCUGUUUUGGACCACUAGUGCUUGUGGUUUCUUAGGUUACAUGCAUUACGACAAGGUUAUUGAAAAAGGCUACGCUCCACUUAAAGAUGCGACUGACUUGACAAAUGGAUACCUAGAGACAACAUUGGAUUUUAUACCAGGCAUGAAAGACGUACGUUUAAGGGAUCUUCCAAGUUUCUUGAGAACGACAAAUCCAGAUGAUUUCAUGAUCAAAUUUAUACUCCAAGAAACAGAGAGAGCAAGAAAGGCUUCUGCAAUUAUCCUCAACACAUUUGAAUCUCUAGAGGCUGAAGUUCUUGAAUCGCUCCGAAAUCUUCUUCCUCCAGUGUACCCCAUAGGGCCCUUGCAUUUUCUAGUGAAACAUGUUGAUGAUGAAAAUUUGAAGGGACUUAGAUCCAGUCUUUGGAAAGAGGAACCUGAGUGUAUACAAUGGCUUGAUACCAAAGAACCAAACUCUGUUGUUUAUGUUAACUUUGGAAGCAUUACUGUUAUGACUCCUAAUCAACUUAUUGAAUUUGCUUGGGGACUUGCAAACAGCCAGCAAACCUUUUUAUGGAUCAUAAGACCUGAUAUUGUUUCAGGUGAUGCAUCGAUUCUUCCACCCGAAUUUGUGGAAGAAACGAAGAACAGAGGUAUGCUUGCGAGUUGGUGUCCACAAGAAGAAGUACUUAGUCACCCUGCAAUAGGAGGUUUCUUGACUCAUAGUGGAUGGAAUUCUACGCUCGAAAGUACAAGCAGUGGGGUGCCUUUGAUAUGCUGGCCAUUUUUCGCUGAACAACAAACAAAUUGUUGGUUUUCUGUCACUAAAUGGGAUGUUGGAAUGGAGAUUGAUAGUGAUGUGAAGAGGGAUGAAGUGGAAAGCCUUGUAAGGGAAUUGAUGGUUGGGGAAAAAGGCAAAAAGAUGAAGAAAAAGGCAAUGGAAUGGAAGGAAUUGGCUGAAGCAUCUGCUAAAGAACAUUCAGGGUCAUCUUACGUGAACAUUGAGAAGGUGGUCAAUGAUAUUCUUCUUUCGUCCAAAUGAAAAAUGGUGUUUGAAUUUAAUGUUCCUUAAUUUUCAUUCUUGUGCAUGUUCUUGUAAGAGUUUUUCAUACUUCUUUCCCUUCUUACUUUCGUUUUGCAUUGUCAUAGUGUAAAGCUGGAUGCAAAUAAUAUUUCUUGCUUAAUGUCGUUUGGUCACCAGUC